UCCAAACCGCGAAAUUAAUUAACGCUUUACACUAAAGCUCGCAGCCUCGCACGUACGCGGCACUCCUUGUUGCCACGCUGCACAGAGCGCGACGCCGCGCGAGUUGUCGCGGCGACAUGAGGAAAGGCGCCGCCGGAAUGGCGUGCACUUGCUCGGCGGCGGCGGCGGCCUCCGCUCUUGUGAAGCUUCUUGUUCUUGUGGCGGCGGUGGCGGCGACGACGUCCGCCGGUGGCGGCGACGAGCCGACGUACGAGACCAAGUCCAUAGACCCGAGCCUCGCCGUGAUGACGCUGCCGGCGCCCGUGACGGGCCCGGAGAGCCUCGCCUUCGACGGCCGCGGCGACGGGCCCUACACCGGCGGCUCCGACGGCCGCAUCCUCCGCUGGCGCGGCGGCCGCCUCGGCUGGACCGAGUUCGCCUACAACUCCAGGCACAAGAGCGUCGGCGUUUGCUCGCCGGAGAAGAAGCUGGUGGUGCCGGAGAGCGUGUGCGGGCGGCCGCUGGGGCUGCAGUUCCACCACGCCUCCGGCGACCUAUACGUCGCCGACGCGUACCUGGGCCUCCUGAGGGUGCCGGCGCGCGGCGGGCUGGCCGAGGUGGUGGCGACGGAGGCCGCCGGUGUGCCGUUCAACUUCCUCAACGGCCUCGACGUCGACCAGAGGACCGGCGACGUCUACUUCACCGAUAGCAGCACCACGUACCGGAGGAGCCAGUACCUGCUGGUGGUGGCCAUGGGUGACGAGACGGGGCGGCUGCUCCGGUACGACGCGCGGCGGCGGCGCGUCACCGUGCUCCACUCCGGCCUCCCCUACCCGAACGGCGUCGCCGUCAGCGACGAUGGCACCCACGUGGUGGUGGCCCACACGGGCCUCUGCGAGCUCCGCCGCUACUGGCUGCGCGGGCCGCGCGCCGGCAAGUCGGAGACGUUCGCCGAGGUGCCCGGCUACCCGGACAACGUGCGCCGCGACGGCGACGGCGGGUACUGGGUGGCGCUCAGCCGCGGGGCCGACAAUGACGACGUAGCGCCGACCGUGGCCGUGCGGGUGACGGCGGCGGGGAAGAAGAAGGGUGGAGGCGCGGCGGUGGUGGCAGAGGCGCUCGCCGGGUUCAGCUUCGUGACGGUGAGCGAGGUGGCGGAGCAGAAUGGCACGCUCUGGAUCGGCUCCGUCGACACGCCGUACGCCGGCGCCGCGGUGAGGGGUCGCCGGUGACCAUGUUCCGUCGGGCGGUUGGUGGUGCCGGUGUGCGUUGCACGGUGCAGCUACCCUGAUUAAAUUUCGUUACAUUUAGUACAUACGAUGUGUGGUCUAAUCUUAUCUUAACUAAUUAAAAUAUUCAUAUUUUUUCCUUUCGUCACAACAAGAAUUUCGUCCGUAAAGUCUUCAGUUUGUGCCCUACGUCCCCGCACGCGCAUCGCGUAAUACUUUUGCAGAUUUUUUUGGCAAUAUAAUCACAACAAUUUCC